AUGGCCUUGAAACUACUAGGGAAAAAAUCGUCAAAAGUCAAAGAGGAGGAAGGAGACAACAGUAUUGAUACAACAGAAUCCACACAAAGCAAAUCGCCGUCAAAACAUCAUCGACGGUCGUUUAAUAUUUUUCAAUAUCAAAAUCAUAGAAAUAGUCAGGGUUCAUCUGACAAUUCAUUUGAAUUUAGAGGAAUGGUAAACGCUUUGAACAGAUCUCAUUCAACUUCAAAGAAAACUCGACCACUUUCACUAUCUCCUCAAAAGAGCAACUCCCUAAUUGUAUCAAGUUCAAAUUCCUCUAAAGUAAAGAAACCCAAACUAUCCACUGCAGACACAUCCUACGAAGAUAGAAGGUAUAACCUUCCAGAAAAUCAAGAAACUCAAACCGAUAUUGAUCAACUGUCACAUGAUAAAAUGAAUUCAAUGGAGGAUAGAAUUGCACUUAGACAAGAUCAAAACGAUCCUGCUAUUUCAUUUGAUGUCAAGUUAGCAAGUGCACAAGGAUCAGAACUAUUGCUAAACCCUCCCACCAAAGACACCACUGAUCGAUCAUCGACGACGUCAUCAUUUAAGCAACCAUUUCCUCAUUCACCCAGUAAAAGUCAACUUAGUAAUCAAGAAACUGGCACUUCACCACAACCACAACCACCAAAAUCAGAAUCAAAUGGGUUUUUGUCGAGUUUAUUGAAUGCCGCUGCCAAUAAAAUGAUUUCUUCAACACCACCAUCGCCUCCUCCAGAAGACAAGAAAAAAGAUCAUUCAUUUUCCAGCAAAUUGGAUACAUUAUUGAGAGGAGUUAAACACGAAGGUUCGAAAUCUUCGUUGGUGGACGGAGCAGCUACAGCUUCGGCAGAUGUUGAUUCUUUGGAGAAUAAACAAAUUACAAACUCUACAGAAUUAAAAUCUAUUCAUUCACUUACACAUGAUGUUCAAUUUGAGCCAGUUAGAGAAUCUCCUUUAAAUACAUUAGGAAAUGGAGACUUGUCCUUAGCUGAUUUUGACAAUAAAUUUGCACGUGAAGAACUCGGAAUGGGCUCAAGAAGACCGUCUUUCAGAUCAGCUGACAGCAUUACCAAACGAGCUACAACUCCUGAACUUAUGCCCAACUCAGGGUCACUAAAUGGAGGUGACACAAGACGACUCUUAAGUCGCAGCUUAAACAGAAGCAAUAGCAGUUUGAUAAGUAUUCCACAAAGACCGUCAUCACUUGGGAAAAGCCCGGUAGCAGAUUCCCGUAUGGCGAAAAGUUCAGAUGAUCCAAAUAGAAAUUCAACAAUAACUGAGAAUGGACGAGUUGAUGAUAAUGAUUCGGGGGUGCUUCCAGGUAAUUUCGAUACAGAAAACAUCGAAGACAUUGUUGAUUAUACCAAAAAGAUAAAGCAUGCUCUGAAAAAGAGAAAUAAAGAAUUCCAUCAGAAUUUCAAAAAAUUGCCCACUAAGGAGAAAUUGAUUGAUGAUUUCAGUUGUGCUGUGUCCAAAGAUAUUUUAGUUCAAGGGAAAAUGUAUUUGAGUGAUCAUUAUGUUUGCUUUAAUUCAAAUAUUUUAGGUUGGGUUACAAAUUUGGUCAUCCCACUUCAAGAGGUUAUUCAAAUUGAAAAAAAAUCGACGGCAGUUUUAUUCCCCAAUGGGAUAGUUAUUCGUACUUUGCAUCAAAAAUAUGUGUUUGCCACUUUUUUGAGUCGUGACAGCACAUUUGAUUUAAUAACCAAUGUUUGGCAUCGAGUAUUGUUGGAGAAUAGUGAUAUUGACCCUAAAAAAUUACAAGCUCAAAUUAACAAAGGUAAAAGAAGAGCCCGUGCAGGAUCAAGGGUUUCGAACUUUUCAUCGACAAGCCGUGAUGACGACACCAACAGCUUGGAUAUUAGUGAUUCUGAUGGACUAGGUGGAUCUGACGAGGACAAUGAUAAUUCCCUGUUUGAUGAGGAUGAAGACGCAAAUGAUUCUGGCCAUGAUGCAUCUUUGGAGAGUGAUGAUUUUGAGUCAGAUGGAAAGCCCAGCGAUGCAAGCGAGUCAAAAGAUGGCGACGUGGCUGCAACUUCAGGUUCAGGAAACACAUUUAAAGGCUUACCAAUCGUUGGUCCGUUGACACACGCACCUACUGAAACUGGUUACUCCAAGGAAUCUAGUGAAACAUUCAUUUCCGAAGACACAAUUAAGGCACCACCAGGAGCUGUUUAUUUGAUUAUGUUUGGUACAGACACUUCCAAGUACAUAAGGAUUUUAAAGGAUCAGAAAAAUUUCGACAUUUCUGAAUCUAAAAUUAAAGCUUUAACCAAGGAAAAUAAAGAACGAAGCUAUACAUAUACCAAACCAUUAUCGGGUCCAAUUGGUCCAAAACAAACGAAAUGUAAUAUUGAGGAUAAAUUGAUUGAGUAUCAACCAGAAAAGUUUUAUGAAGUUGAGCAAACUACUCAAACACCUGAUGUCCCCAGUGGGAAUUCAUUUAAAGUGAAAACCAAAAUAUUUUUAAGUUGGGCUGCUAACAAUGAAACAAAAGUCUAUGUUGUCACAUCUAUUGAAUGGAGUGGGAAGUCAUGGAUUAAAGGUGCAAUUGAAAAAGGUACCAUUGAAGGACAAAAGGAUUCUAUGAAGAGUAUGAUUAGCACCAUCAACCUGAUAGUUUCUCAAGGUAGUGAUAAAAAGGAAGGUGCUAAUGGAAAGCGUAAAUCGAGAAGUAGAAAGGGAACUCUUAAGAAAGAACAGGAAGAAGAAGAAGUCAUUAAAGUGGAACAGUCAGAAACGCCAAAAUCAAUAAGCGAACAAUUUAUGACGUUAGUGGAUACUAUUGGUGGGUUGAUACCAAUUCCGUUUUUGAGCAACACUGUUGUUGGUUUCAUUAUUGUUUUAAUUGGGUUUUUAACUACAGUCUCAGUAUUCAACAGGUUGACAUCGACAUCUCCCAAACAAUACAUUGAACUUAUUCCUAAUGAUUAUUUAUAUGCAUCCAGAAUUCAAAUCAGAGACAAUAAGUAUUUAUUGUUGCCUACAGUUGAAACUAGCUUUAAAAAUGAAAGGUUGAAAAGACAAGAGGAAUUAUCUCUCUGGUCAUGGUUAAAUAAUCGUAGUGAGGGGAGACUCAAUUUGAAUUACAAAGCUCCAAGUUUGGAUGAGUUGGAUGAUUCUGAUUUGAAGUCCAAAUAUGGUGAACAAGAAUUGAAAGAAAUCGUCAGGUUAACAAGAAUAAAAUUGGAUAAGCUAUCAGAGAAAUUAGACGAUCUUUAA